GCCCUGUUGGACCUACAGACGUCCCGUCAUGCUCGUCGUGGACUGAACUGAGUGCUACGUCAGCAGUCAUACCAAACAUGGCGGUGUCCGUAGCGCUGCCAUCGGUUGCCGGUGCUCCUUCGUUAAUUUUAACUUUUGUCACAGCGUUAAUAUUUCACCGCAGUGUCGCCGAUAUCGCCACAGGUGCCUCGUCGUCAGAAGAGACUCCUCACCGCCGUUUCGAGUACAAAUACAGCUUCAAAGGACCUCAUCUUUCGCAGCCGGACGGUUCCAUCCCCUUCUGGAUCCACACUGGAAAUGCUAUCCCGAGUGCAGACCAGGUGCGCAUUACGCCAUCUCUCAGGAGCCAGAGGGGAUCUGUGUGGACGAAGAACAGAGUCAACUUUGAACACUGGGAGGCUGAGGUGACCUUCAGAGUAUCUGGAAGAGGCAGAAUGGGAGCAGACGGUUUGGCUGUGUGGUUCACAUCUGAACAAGGCCUUGACGGUCCGGUGUACGGAGCUGCGGACCAGUGGAACGGAGUUGGAAUCUUCUUUGAUUCUUUUGACAAUGACGGAAAGAAAAAUAACCCUGCUAUAGUUGUUGUGGGCAACAAUGGCAAACUUGUUUACGACCACCAAAAUGACGGUGCCACACAAGCCCUCGGCACGUGUUUGCGAGACUUCCGCAACAAACCGUAUCCUGUCAGAGCCAAAAUAAAGUACUACAAGAAGACGCUGACGGUGAUGAUCAACAAUGGUUUCACUCCAGACAAGGAGGAUUAUGAGUUCUGCACAAAAGUGGACACCAUGAUCAUUCCCACUGAUGGCUUCUUUGGGAUUUCAGCUGCCACUGGUGGUUUAGCAGAUGACCAUGAUGUGUUGUCCUUCUUAUUAUUCAGACUCACAGAGCCAGGCCAGCAACCGCCCCCACCAGAAUCUGAGAUUCCUAAAGAAGAGAAGGACAAGUACCAGGAGGAAUUUCAGAACUUCCAGCAAGAGCUUGACAAAAAGAAAGAGGAGUUUCAGAAAGAGCACCCAGAUGUCCAAGGAGAGCCAAUCGAGGACUUGUAUGAGACUGUGAAUGAUCGGGAGAUCCGUCAGGUGUUUGAAGGCCAGAACCGGAUCCAUCUGGAGAUCAAGCAGCUCCACCGGCAGCUUGCAAUGAUCCUGGACGAGCAGCGCAGAUAUGUCUCUGUUAUUACUGAUGAGGUUGCCAAAAAGGGAACGAAUGCUGAGUCGGGACAGGUGGAUUCUGCCAGUCCACAGUUGGGCUCUGUCUUAGCCACACAGCAGGAGGUGCUCAGAAACCUGAAUGAAUUGAGGAGCAGCUUUUACGAGUCGCUGAAGCAGAUCGGCUCUGCCCAACACCAGGGAAACGCUCCGGGAAUCGGAACCUAUGAGACUAUUCAGCACUUUAACGACAUCAAGGAACAUCUGCACUUGGUCAAAAAGGAUGUGGACCACCUGGUACAGCGCGGUGUUCAGAAUCCUGCUGAGAAGGCUGUGAAGUGCCCCGAGAUGCCCCCGGUGCCCGCCUGCUUAUCCACUGUUCAUUUUGUAAUCUUUAUCGUCGUCCAGUCAGUCCUGUUCUUCUGCUACAUCAUGUACAAAAGUCAGCAAGAAGCCGCAGCAAAGAAGUUCUUUUGAUGAAACAUAUUUCUGAAAUGAAAGUGUGUAAAUGAGGGAUUUUCUGUUUUGGUAAAAUUUUUUUUAGGCGGGAGGGGGGGGAUAUUUUCAGAUUGUAAGUUAUUAUACUUUAAGAAAAAAAUCAUUUUUUGUUGUGUUGAUAAAGUGUUUUAAUUACAGAUUUUAAUUUGAUCAUAAACUCUCUGUGUAUGAAUGCUGGUGUGUGAAUUACCACUCUGGAUUUCCAACAUGAUGUCAUAAGUUCCUUUACAGUAUUUUUUAGUUGGCUUAGUCCUUGGAUUUUGUUUUGAAAAAGCUGAAAUCUGCCACAGUCCCAUUUUCAUGAACCUGAACUGAAAACAAAAAAACAAAUAACCUGUGCUUUGAAAUGUGCAAUUUUUGUAUGAAAUAAGGCUGAACUGUUGUCAGGUGUCAGCUUACGUUUAUCUGCUUUGGUUCAGAAUCUGACAUAUCCUCUACCUGAACAAUUUACAUAAACUGAAAAUG